AUGCUCAUCACCAAGCUCGCCUCGCUCUUUACCUUGGCUGCCGCUGUCGCUGGCAGCCCCGUCGCCCUCAAGGCCCGCGGUUUCAGCAAUGGUGCGACUUGCUUGAAUGACUCACAAUGCAACAGUGGGUACUGCCGGCAGACGCCGUCGCAGCGUGCCAGCAACUCUGCAGGCUCAUGCAGCGUGACCAAGCCGGGUGGAAACACGUGCUACAAAGACUCUGGCUGCACAUCGGGCUACUGUGAUCCUUCGUCGUCGCUCUGUGCUGCAACCCCAUCAACAUCCCUCCCACUCAGCUGCUCGAAAUACAGCACAGGAACGCUCUACUUGUCUAUCAUCGACGACGCCUCUUACAAGGCGUUGGCAACGAAGCCCAUCAGGCCUUACCUCUCGUUCAACGCGCACUACAGCUUGGAUAAUUAUGAUGGACCGACUGGCGCUGGUGUGAAAGAAGAGAUCUUAACCACAUCUGGAUCGGGCCAUCGCGUGACGGCCGAGAUGUGGAAGUGCAACUAUGCAAAUAUCAUCGACCCAGCCUCUUACGACCAGAAUGGCGUUUUCGGCCAGGUCCGCAUCCCAUCCAAAAACAACCAGUGUCUCACCGUCUCGUAUGGCACAAACGCCGCGACGGGCGCCGGGAAUGUCUACGUUUCGUCCUGCUCGUCUGUCGACAAUGCCAGCUCGGCGGCGACGUACCGGCAGAUCUUUGACCUAACAAAUAGUUACCAGCAGCCUACAGCGAAUAGCAAGUCGUCACAAGUGUAUUCGUUUGCGAACAACUUUGGCGCAGGAUUCACCACGCAUGCCGGCACAAACACGUGGGAGUCGUUCUGGAUCGACGGCAACUACGCGAACUCAGCCGGCCCGCCCAGCUUCUACCUCGCUCCUUCACUCGCCUAG